CGAGCGGAAUGGAAGCGGCGGCUUCAGUCGGCCGCGAACCUCCGCCGAAGAACGGUCCCUAUCGUCCGGAUCGACGGAUAGUCCGGAUAUACCCUAUCGACCGCGAUAGAGAUAUCUUCGAUCUCGAUUUAAAAAAAAAAAAAGGAACGAAGGGUGCGAAGUCGGACAAUCAGCCGAUUUUUCCCACCUCCCACACGAUUGCGCGGAUCUACGAAACGACGAUUAUCAAUGUGUGAAAUCGAAAGCUAAGCGAGGUUCAGGGAACGAGAAUGAGGACGAUUCUAUAUGCGUAUUGCAACUUCUGCAUUGAGCACUUCGGCAAAUAAACACUUUCGACGUGUGGAGUAGACAUGUGGAAGUGUUGGGUCCUGUUUCUGUGCGUCGCAGGUUUAUCCUCGGCCGUUUUGGAGCCGCCAAACUUCAGUAUUAGUCCUCUGACUAAUCAAUCCGUGAUACUGCGACAGCACGAACCCGUGAGACGAUUCGCAUGUCCCGUAGGAUUCUUUCGAUUGAAACGAUUCUGCUAUUAUCUGAGUGCCGGCACAGCACCAUGGAGAGACGCGUACUUUCACUGCAAGGACAGAAAUGCCACUCUGGCAAUAUUGGACAGAAAUGGAAAGGACAAGAUGCUGAGGAAGUACCUGAUGGGAGAUCAGUUUACGAAAUUGGAGCGAUGGAUCGGCGGAAUUUUCAACUGGCAACAAAUGGCCUGGGAGUGGGGUGUAACAGGUGAAAAGAUGGUUUUCCAGAGUUUCGGAAAAACGGAACCCGGGAGAUCCAAGAAGUACGCGUGGCAUUGCAUCAUAAUGGAUCCCACGUUGAAAUAUAAGUGGAGCGCAAGGAGUUGUGUGGAACGGAAGCAUUACAUAUGCGAAGUGCCCGCCGGUCGUUUAGCAAGAAGACGCAAGAAGUCGGAUCCCUUCGCGCCGCAAAACCAAAGAUUAAAGCCCAGAAAGAAGGGGAAAAAGUACGUAGACGAACAAAGAAGAGGUGAAAGGAAGAAGAAUAGAGAAAAUGCGAGAAGAAAUUGGUUAGAUCAAGGAGAGAAUCAACAAUGGGCUCAUGGUGUCAAGCUAGGAUCGCGACCACCUUCUAACGUGAAGCUGAUGCAGCCCAGAGAACGCACGCGGCAUCGUGCGAAUAGAACCCGUUUGCAAACAGCUGCGCCAAGGGUAGCCCAAAUAAUGCCCCAAGGACGCGAAUACGGUGCUUUUCUAGCCAGCGGCCAUCAUUCUCGAAAUUUAGCGGAUAUAAACGAUGUUUAUUCGCAGUUCCACAAUAAGAUAAACGACUUCGCGCGGGAGGAGGUUUUGUUGAAGCCGUAAAAGAAAACCGUGAAUCAUUACCGAUAAUUAGUUAUAAUAUUGCAGUCUCGGUUUAAUACUACUUUGUUAAUAUACGCAAGAGAUACGUUAAGGAGAAAACCAUUUAUAAAGGAUAAACUUUUACCAUACAACGACAUUGUUGAACUGCCAACGUUAUUUUACUAUAAUAUACAUUAUUUAUGGCUGUUAUUUAAAAAUUAAUUUUGCAAGAUCGCGAAAAGUUAAUACGACUAAAAUUAAUCUCGAAAUAAAUUCCUUAAAAUCCCUCUGUCUGAAUAUUCAAAGUUUCUCUCUGAAUAGAUCUACUGAUGUACUAAUCAAUGAUCCAAGUAUUGUAGCCAUCGCAAUCGCAAUACUGUUACUGACAUCUAAAUAUUCUCUGUGUACUUAUCUAUAACGUAAUAUCAUUACAGAAAAUUAAUCGUCUCUUUAUAACCAUCUUCUUCUACUUCAGUGAUUAUUUUGCUAAGCAAUGUCUUGCACGAUUAAUUAAUCGUAACGCGUGAAUAUAUCAUAUAAAAUAGAACACCGUUUAUCCGAAUAUAUCGGGGAAUAAGAUAGUUCUGUUAAUUUCGAUUCGGAUAAUAAAAGUUUACUAGCUCUCUGUUUUAACAGUACUUAUUAGUUUCAGGCCUGAUGUUUCAGAAAACUGAAGUCGAGCUCUUAUCAUCCGAAUUUAUCUGAAAGUUCAGAUAAUAAGAGCUCAGCUAUGAAUUCGAAUAUUUGGAAUUGAGCAUGAACUUGUAUAAAUGAAUUACGGAUAAGCGGAGUUCUCUACUAUAUCGAUAAAAAAAAAAAAAUUUCACGUCGAUGCUUGUCACAAUUCCGCGCGACAGAGCGCGAUACACAAAUUAAAUAAUUAAUUCAAUCACUAUUACUCAAUAGUUAAUUAAAUUAUAUUAGCGAUGUAUUCAUUUACGCUAAUCAUAGUGCGUAGUUUUUAUAAAAUGAAUCGCAGUCAGAUAGUUAGUCAGAAAGCAAGAUAAAGCACUUCAUGAAGUAUCUUUAUUUUUUAAUCCACUUUUGUGUUCGUUAUUUUUUCAUUGCUUCGUCUGUAAAUAUGUCAACAUAGGACCAUCAAUAUACUCUCUGUAUUUAACGAUGUAUAAUAAAAUACUGAUAUACCUAUC